UUUUUUAUCAUAAAAGCUUUGAGAUUGGUUCCAAUGGGAAGAAAUUUUUAUUAAUAGUAAAGGAAGAGAAAUGAAGCCAUCAGUCGUUUUUUUCUGUCUAAUAUUUGUUGUGUGCCAGUGUUUUGGAUUGGACCCAGAUGUCCAGAAGAUCAUGUCCGAGCUGAGCUGGGCCACCAAGCCCAUGUUCCUGGAUUACAUCAGCGUCGCCAAGCCUGAGAGCUUAAACAAUUUGACAGCAUCGCUUCGACAACUAUUCGGUGUGAGAAAGCCGAGGUCUGUUCCGGAGUUCCCGAGGGGUCUAGAAAGGAGUGGGUCCCUUGCAAAGAUGAAUGAUGAACUCUUUAGUUCCCCCACAAAGCACAUUCGCAAAGCGCGCUCGCUCGCCAUGACGCUCCUGAGAACCCGAGAGUUCAACGAAUCCCUCUUCGGAAUCAGCAAGGAUGAUGAUGACGUCAUGAAGAUGAAGCUGUUCCGACUCAUGUACGAGUCGGUGAAGGAUAGCGACUUGAAGAUCAAGAGGGCAGAGCUGGUGAAGGCGGAUUACGAGAACUCCACGGCCUUUGAUAUAGGAUACGUGUUUGGUGACGCGUCAGAUAAGCUAAACGUGAUGAUAGAUAUAUCGAAGACCCUGAAGAGGAUGUACGACGUAUGGAGACCGGUGGAGCACGUCAACGCCUAUGAACAGAUCGCAAAUCUGGCUAUAGAGGUAACUCAUCUAGCUGACAUGGUCCGCACAAUCGCCGGACCAUCGACCACGACCACGAAUCGCUUUUGA